AUGUUUUCAAUCCAUAAAGGAAUAGGUGUGGUAGAAUGCAUGGCAGCCGGCCUCAUCACCAUCGCCCAUCGCUCCGGAGGUCCUUUGGCUGACAUCAUAGAGACCUCAGAAGGUUCCAGGAAUGGUUUCCUUGCGUCAGAACCAGAUGAAUACGCUAGAGCUAUCCUGGAGGUGAUCGCUUUACCCUCGGAUGAGAAGAAACGUAUUGUGGAGGCUGCGAGAGCCUCAGUGGACCGUUUCUCAGAGAUGGAGUUUGAAAAAGCAUUCCUUAGAGCAACAGAGCCGCUUAUUAGUUUAGAA